CAAACAGGAUCGGAUGGCGCGUGCGUUCGGGACCUACACCCAUGCCCAGAACCGUGCUCAGCACAACAGCGAGGCGUAUGACGAGACGCGGCGGCAAACAAGGCGGGGUAUGGUCUGGUCCAUCUCUUACAAGACGCGCCCUACCUCAGCCCAAACGCGUCUCUGCCAGACGCGACGCAGAUGCGUGCCAAUGACCGCUCCUUGCCCGGUCGUGGUCAUCCUGCAGAUUAUCCCUGUGCGCUUUGCUCCGGGCAGCGUGCCGGUCGACAAGGUGAUGCUGCGGUCGAAGGAAGGCGUCGAGCUGAAAAAUGAAAGCGACGAGGAGGACGCGAGGCUCACUGAGAUUGCGAAGCAGCCGCUGUUCGAAGCGGCUGCCGACGAAGAUGCCCAGGCCAGUUUCAUCGCACAGGUCAGACUGGACCAGCGAGGGCCGCCGGCAAUCGCACCAUCGUCUUCGUCGCGCAAGGCCAUUCCGCCGAAAAAAGAAGCGCCGCCCGAAGAGGUGCAGCCGAUUCCCGCGCCAGCCAGAAAGUUCAAGAUUCAAAGCGGCUCGAAUGGCAGGCAAGGUCCCAAUUCUACUGCCUCGCUGCUGACCGGAGAGUGCUCCGCACAGUCGCAGAACAUGUACUGCCGGUGCAGACACGUCCUCUUCCGACCUACGUCCAAUGCAUCACAGCUCGCGCUAUGA